AUCAUUUCCUGUUCAAUAACCAACCACGUAGAAAUCGACGCUUCGAUAAUGAAGAGCUUUUGUGCGUUGCUCGAAGAUACGCCAUUCAUGUAACUAUACCGAUGGACACGUAUGUCCCUUUGAAUGCUUCUUUAUCAUUGUGCAAACGUUCGAGCGUGUCUUUCUCCGCUCGAAGAAGUUCAUUUCCUUUUGCCGUCUAAAUAAAAUCUAAUUCAAUCUCGAACCGUCGUGACACGAGGCUCGUUUUGGUCUCGAAGAGUGCUGUCGUCGUUCUGACGUAAGCGGGACGAGACAUUCGAUCAACGAAUUGGACGAUAUUCCCUGUAAAACGCGAGAGAAUCGCUUACGACGUAGACGACUACGUCGAGACCGAGCGGCGGUGGCGUAUAACGCACUGCUCUCGAAAUAGCACUGCCUAAUCCCCGCUACCCCGUCGUCUUUCUAUGACGCCUUUUCGGGUCGCGCUUAGUUACCACCUCUCGAGGGGAGCUGGCACAACCCAGUCGUAAGCAACGCGAUAAACCAACGACAUGUGCGCCAAUCAACCGCGGUCCAAAGACUCGAGAUACGCGUGUGUCCGUCCCGAGGACAUUCCUGGAGAUAUCGCUCGUACCCGCGGGUAAUUUUCAUGCAUGCCACCCGGCAACCGGAGAACUAUGACCUGAAUCUUCAAGACUGACUCUCGAAUCCGCCCAGAGUCGCGAAACCCACUUGGACUCGCCACAACAUUGCUCCGAAUCGCUACCGAGAAGACUGACGACUUCUGUUCCAUGAAAAACGAGAAGAGGAUGAUUACCUGCGAAUUUUAAGAGGCUCAACAGUAGAGGACACCCACGUCGAAUUCCAAGACACGGAAGCAGACUGACAGAAAUAGAAGAUACUUGCACGUUAGAGCUCGUUUAGAAUCGUUCGAUUCGUCGUCGAACAAGAUUAAGACAAAGGAGAACGUGCAUUUACUUAGACUGGAUAGUAUUAUUAGUUCUUUUUCGAGAGAAAUUCUUUCGAGCGAUGUGACGUACUCGUCAGCUGAACCGAUCGUACCGAAAGUAUCAUCUGGUUCCAGGUAUAUUUGGUCCGCGACUGUUGCUCCAAAUUUAUAUCCGUGCUAAUUAUACCUUGCUGCUCUAGCGUAUGGUUUGUCACCUUAGGAGAAACGAUGUUUAAAGUUUGUUCGUGUGUUGUGGUAUAACGUAAAGUUCUAAAGAGACCAAUAAUUGCUGUGAUCGUAUGGGACAUUGAUAUUAAAGCGAUCUUGUCCGAAUGAACUCUACCGAUCGCGAUAUUAUAAAGUUCUCUAGCGACAGAUUGUCGUCCAAAUUUUUUCAGACGUAACGUCGAAACGAUACAAGAGAUUCCGAAACCGUUCGAAUACAGUAACACGGUUGUUCUGAAAAUAGACCAGAAGAGAGACGCAGUAUCGCAGAAUCGCCGUCUUUCUGCGAACAACCGUGCGAUAUAUAUGCAUGGAUUUGUGAAAUACGUUCUGAAAAUAUACCGCUUGCUUUUAAGCUGCGUUUAAUCACUUUUUUGGAACAAUUACGUAACGAGGUCGUUCGAGUCCAGAAAAAGUAAACGGAUUAAAUUGGAAAGGAAGUAAGGUCCGGUAAGGUGCUUCCAUCUCUCGCGAAGAGAUCGACGCGUUGAAUCGAUGUGCUGGGGAACGAUAGCCGCCAAAGAACGUCGGAUUCUCUUCGUCAAGGAGGGAAGGAACAAUUGGCCGAAUGCUUUUUUAUUGCGGUACCGAUUGAACGAGCGGAGCGACGAUGUUUUGCGGUGGAUCACAGCGUGGAGAAGGCUGAGGAAAAAGGUACGAUAUGUAUGGCCGGCAAGGCAACUCGAGUAACUCGCAACCACCGCCAUGGCUGGUGCGUGCGGAAGUGACGAUUCAUCAUGGUACGCCGGUCACUUCGGAAUCCGGACAGGUACCAGUGAGUAUGUCCUCGACCGUCACGGAUUCCAAUGGCGUCCGCAUGAUAUACCGAUGGAACACCAACCAGUCGUCUCCGUCCACGGUUCCAGCCACCACUUCGGUUCUGUCCACUUCGUCGCCGUCUGCUUCGUCCUCCAGUUCGUUCGGCUUUCAACGCGGAAACAUACUGUUCACCUCGACCCCACCACCAAGACCGACACCCAGAUCUUUCACGAUCCCGAGAUCGGGUUUAUCGGAGAACGAGUCCUCGUCCUCCAGGGGACGAGGAGUGAACGUGUCCGACUCGGGCUACAACAGCGAACAGUUUUCGUCGCAGUCUUACUCGAGUUUGCCUUCCCGUCGACCCUCUCAACAGUACAAUCGACGAUGUAGGAGCACCUGUAGCAUCGUUUUAUCCGCCGUCAACACGGAAGACUUCACCAAAGAGAGCACCAGCAAGAUAGCCAGCGGCGAAUCCAUCAGACACUCGUACGACAAUUCUUGGCGACACCAUUCGUCGCAUCAACACGUGUUCACGCGUCACCAAUUUAGCACCGUACCGGAAGUUUGCGAGGAGUGUCCAGAAGGAAGCAGUACGUCCAGCGCGUAUGGUUCUCACUUUUGCAGCCGGGUGAAGGAUAAACUUACCAGCGAAACAACCACCAUAAGCAAAGACGCUGCCUCGCAGACGACUGACAUCGAGUCUCAUGAGUCUACGUCGACGAUCGUUAGCAAGAGCACGACGAGGAGGAAAACGACCACUGGUCUCCUAAGCUCGGACGAGCAGAAAACGAAACAGCAACCGAGCCGAUCGCCAACCACAGCUUCCGAGACCACCAGCGUCGUACCUUCAGCGGAGUCGGAGAAGUCUGAUUCUUCCGCGAAAGAUGAUAGUUCCAAGCGUAAAUCGCGAACCGUGCACAUCGACGUCUAUUGCACCGGAUCGGACGACGACGAGAAUUCCGACACAUCCAGUGAAAACGAUCGCGAAACACCGAUGACCGUUUUCGAAAAUCCGGACGUGAAAGUCACUCAUACUCAGGUUCCGGACGACGUGCUACCCAGAGGAUUCCAGGAUGACAAAGCCUUCUUGAAACGCGCCACUGAAAGACGGUGCGACAGUUUUAAACAUGCUCCUAUGAGAAUGCCUUCCAUAGCUAGUUCUAAGGGAUACGACAGCGACGAUGUUCUUAGCUCGCUGUACCCUUCGCAGUUCAGUUCUUACAGCGCUCUUCGAGAUCUGGACUCGGCUCCUUGGUCCGCGGCGUCCUCCAACACGGGUAUUCCAUUCGACUACGACUCGACUAUCGCUACUUCGCCGAAAGAUACCUUUUCCGACUUAGAGUCUCUGUUAAAUAGCAAGAUAGCUUUAACGCCAUGCGACAGCUUCGAGUACGCCAGCUCCACCGACCGCGAGAGGAUACGAAGGAUGGAGGAGAUUUGGUCGAAACGCGAAGGACAAACCGAGCCGAAACACUUGUUGCGGAAUCGGAAAUUGGGAGAACAAGAAACGGAAUGGUCGUCUGGAGAGAGCGGAGAAGAUUCCGACGAAAGCGGUACGGUCGGUUGGAGUUUCGUGUCUAGCGAGGAAAGCCAGCGAAUGGUCAAGAAAACUGCAACCAUUCGACGACCGAGUAAAAGCACAGAGAGUAUAGACAAAAGUGUAACGAGUACAGUAGCGAAGGAAGAACCCAGGAGAAGUUUACAACCGGAACAAUCUGAUUCCACGACACGUAGCGACAGUAUUCCGCAUCCGUACGCUUUCCGUGACCAUGUUGGACCAUUUGGUUCCAACAGUACUUCACCACUUCCGUCUAAAGUACCUUCGCGCGUUACCUCGCCGUUUAUGACACCACAGGGAGAAAGAACUGAUCACAUAUUAAAGGCGUCGAUAUUUGGCUCUGUGGUGAACGCGUUUCGCAAACCGGGCCAUCAUAUUGGCCCUUCGAAAAAUCCCUCGUGCUCCUGCGAGCAUUGCAGAAGAUAUUUCGAGGAACUGAAUUCCCGGGAACGUUCCAGUUCUAUAAGCGAAUUCGAGCGACAGACUGGAUUUCGUUUGCAAAGCGAGAAGAAAAUCGUUCGUCCGGUCCCUAAAAAUAGAGAUUCUUAAGAUACGUUUUUAAAGCUUCUUUUUUAAAUAUAUAUAUCAUAGUAUUUCUUGGUUUCGUAAUGAGACUAUUCAAAUAUUAUAAGGUUGUGUUAUGUAAUAUAUAACGCGUGUGUUUAAGUUAUUCAAACAUCGUAUUCCAUUUCGACGACUUUUUUUUUAUUCAUUAUGAAAUCUAUUAAAACAUUCUGCUAAGUAUGGAGCAUUUAUGUAAGCUAGCAGAUUCAUAUUAUUCAUGCUGUUCAUGUUGUUAAUAAAUAUUGAUUAUAUUAGUAAUAGUUCAUUAUGUACAUUCAAGGUUUUUUACCCGUGUGAGGAUUUAUUUAAGGUCGAUUUUUAUCACAUUCCUUUUUGAA